ACAAAGCGAGAGAGUGAGAGAAAGGAGGGAGGAGGGAGGGAAGAGUGACUGCUGGGAAGUUGAAGCUUUCUCAAAAGGAGGUGUGACUCAGGCGUCGACGGGUGAACAGAAGCUCUUCCAUGUGUGGAUAGAAACUGCUCAACUGAUUUAUUACAGCAGGAUUUUACUUAAAAACAGACUGGAAACCUUAACUUAUUAAAAGUCUGAUUGACAAAGUGGAAGCCUGACCUGCACAUGUACAGAUCAACUGACUGGAUCUCAGACUGGUGUGAAGCUUGGAUGCCUUGUUUACCGAUUUAAAGCCAAAGCAGCUGAUCUCAAAUCUGUUUGGAUUUGAUCAUUGUUAACAAAAAAGAAGACUUACUGAAAGGACUAAUGAACCUAUGUGACAUUCGAUUGGUUAAAUGUACUUGACUGUUGGAAAUUCAUGGUGAUCAACUGAAUGGUUGCCUGCUUUGACACAUUACUGGCAUCCUGAUCAACUGAGGUCCAUCUGAUUGGUUAAUUGAUAAUUAAAGAAGCACUGCUGGAGCCAUAUUUGUUGGCAUCGGGAUGAGCGGAGCAGGGGACGUGGUGUGUGAAGGGUGGCUGAGAAAGUCACCCCCAGAGAAAAAACUGAGGCGCUAUAUCAGCAACUAAGAGGACGAUGAAUGGACUGUCCAAAUUGUGAAAUCAGCAAAUGUGGAAAGUAAUCUAUGCCUGGAAGAGGCGCUGGUUUGUGCUGCGAAGCGGUCGACUGAGCGGAGAGCCGGACGUUCUGCAAUACUACAAGAACCCGCAUUCCCGUCGGCCAAUCAGGAACAUCAAUCUGAAUCUGUGCGAACAGGUGGAUGCUGGCCUUUCUUUCACGAAAAAGGAGCUAGAGAGCAGCUUUGUUUUUGACCUCAGGACAGAAGAGAGGAUCUGGUACUUGGUGGCUGAGUCUGAAGAGGACAUGAACCGCUGGGUGACAUCCAUCUGCCUGCUCUGUGGCUUCAACCCUACUGAUGAUGUUCCAGAAAGACCUCUUGUCUCCUCCUCCACCUCUGCAACAUCUAUGACCCCAGUCAGUCACACCACCACCAUCUCUACGAUGACAGGGUUAGUCCCACCACCAUAUGACCCGGUGAGUGUGCGGCACAUGGAGCCUGACCGGAAUUCAGAGGAGGAUUAUCUGUGGUUAUCACAAUGCCAGAGUCACAUCAGGGCUCCUUUAGGGUCAUCCACAUCUCUUGAAACUGACUACAAUGACAACCUUUACCCGCCUCCCUCUGCAACCUCCUCUUCUUCUUCUUCUUCUUCCUCUCCUUCCCUCCUCCCCAGCAGCCUUCCAAAUCCAUCCUACUCCUCUUCCUCCUCUUCUUCUGGCUUUAGAGUGGUCCCUUGGACAGUCACUGCAAUGUCGAGCCCUCUCAGCCAGUCUUUAGAUGCCAGCACAACCCCUGACUCCCAGAAUCGAGCUGGCAGACCCCGCUGUCACCCCUCUCCGCAUCCCAGAAAGCACUCCCUGGAUUUUCACCUUCGUCCAGUAGCAAUACCUCUCAGUGAUAAUGUGCACUCCAAUGUGCAUCCAAGCACACACUCAUCCACCACUAGUGGUUACCAGAUCCCACGUCCAGUAUGCACUUCACAACCGCCGCCCCCUCGCCGCCCAUCUUCUACCCCUAGUGUGGACUCCCUAACCCAAGCAGAGCUUCAUGCCUCCACCCCUACUCCUCCUCCGCGCCCACCAAAACCUCCUGGCAUUGCAGCCCAAGGAGAAAGCUCAAAGCUUGCCACACUCCCCCGAACUGCCUCAGAGCCAGAGAGGAGGGAUGAGAGUGUGGAUGGAGGAGGACAUCUGCCAAGGAGCAACACCGUCACUACACCAGGAUGCAUGCAUACAAGUAGCGACUCUUUUUACAUCCCUCGGUCUUUGUCUGACAGAGCAAGCAUGUUUGAUUUCAGUGAGAGCUUCAACAGCUAUUUUUUUAACAAAGGCAUGGUCCCUCUGGGUAGUGUCUGUUCUGAAGAUGAUGAUGUGGAUGAAAAUUAUGUUCCCAUGAGUGCUGCCACCUCUGAGCCACCGGUUGCACCCAGAGUGCCUCCACCCUCAGACCCCUCUGCCCAGCUCCAAGAAGGCAACUACGUCCCUAUGACCCCUCUGACAUCUUCAUUUCCUAUACACCCCACCACUGUCAUGACUGACAUGGCAUCUCUCGGGAGGCAGGUGCCUCCCCCUGCGCACAUGGGUUUCCGUAACUCCGCCCUGACUCCCCUUGCUCCUCUCACUCCACCGCUCAGGAAAAAUACCAUGAACACUUCUGCUGGAGGUGAACAAGAAGCCGUGCCCCCUCCGAUCCACCGCAACCUGAAACCACAACGAAGAGGGGUUUGUGCCAAUCAGCCGGUGGACAGAAAUGAGAGCCAAACUCCUGAGGAGCUGACAAAUAAAACAAGAGUAAAACCUGCUCCUCUGGACAUCUCUUCAGUGCAGCAGGACUGGCAGGAAGUCCCCCCUCCAGUGCGCUCGCCUGUAACACGGACCUUCACCCGUGGACCCUCCAGUCGUCGGAUGGUCACGCCGAGCUCUGCUCACAGCUCUUCACCGUCCUCUGAUUCCGAUGACCCAGAUGACAACUAUGUUGCAAUGAUGACCUCUAGCCUCAGUUUCAGUGCCGGCGAGCAGUCUCUGAGACUUAUGAUGCACCGGGCUUCAGAGGGCGGAGUCAGCAGCCCUGUGUUACGACGAGCCAGAGAUGACAAGCAGGUGGAGUACCUGGACCUUGACCUCCACACUGGACAAUCAACACCAAGCAGACAGAAACGCUGCACUGGAGAAGGUUUAACCGGGGGCAGUGAGCACGCUGGAGACGGCGAGGAUCAAGCACGAGGCCAGCGUACACGUGUGGACUAUGCAGUGGUGGACCCCAAAAGGACCAAGGCCCUGAGGAGCACGCGAGAAGCACGGCAUGCUGGGAGGAUGUCUACGGAGAAGAAUAAAUUAUGAAAAACGCACAAACACACACAAAGUUCAAAACAUGCUUCUUAUCCAGGAAAAGAAUAAAUAUAACUGCAAUCCAUUGGUGGACAAAGUGACUGAUGGACUGUUAUAAUCUUAGAGUCAUUACGUUAAUAUCAAGUAUCUACUUAGGAAAGUAUUCACAUCCUCAGACAGUUUGGCAGAUCUGUUAAAAUGAGCUUGGGGCAUGCAGGAACCAUCUACAGCCCAGUAUAUCAGCUGAUAUACAUCCCACUGGUAAAUAUCGUAUAGGGCUCAUAUUUAAGUUUCAGCACAACUAGAAGCCACUUCACUUAAGUACACAACAGAUUACUCUGGAUUUUUUUUUUUUUAACAAAGGUAUGUUGAUGAUGUGAAUGCCUUGAUUGGCAGGUCUUGCAGUUAGUCAUACAAAGCUGUUGUCAUUAAAAGAUGAAUAUCAGAUAGUUUAACUAAGUUAUUAUAUAAAAUGUACAGUAGUUUAUAGUAACAGUUCCUUUUUUUAUUUCCUCUCCACACUACAAAACCACACCACACUACCAUAUUUUAUUAUUUAGUUUUUUAUAUAAAAUGAAAAAUUUUCCUUGGUUAUUAAAACCUUCAAAUACCCAGAAAUCAAAGUCACAUUUGCAGAAAUAAAGGACAUGACCCUGUUCUCUAAGAUGACUUUCAGUGGCAGCGUAGAAACCCUUAGAAAAGGCAAAUAUUCUUUGAAUUUUAGAGUUUAAAUCACCAGCAGGCAUUUGAAGAUAAAAAAAUCUAAAAAUAGAAAUGUAUUUUAAGCAACACAAUGUCAUAUUAAUGUUCGCACAUAUGCGCGGAUGAUCUGUCAAAGGAUGGUGAUGAUUCGACACAAAACUGCCCCUUUCAAAACCACAGGUUGACUUGUCAGAGUUUUUGGAAAGCCCGUUUUUACUGAAUGGAAAACACCACACUUUGGAUAGAAGGCAGGGCAAUGAGGAAAUGCAGUCUUACUCAGAUCCUACAUAAGCAAAAAAGAAUAUAACAGCUGCUUCUCUAGAGCACUGGAACUUCUUCAUCUACUUCUAUUCAAAACAGGUGACAACAUCACUUAUUUCUCCAGGGUAGUUUUUGCUGCACCGUAAUAUAAGAUUUCAGUUUUGCUUUAAAUCUACUGAGAAAAACUGUUUGACUUGUUUUGUGCUGUGAUAUUUUUUUAAGCCAAAAAUCUCUGGUGACUUUAAUUUUGUAUGUCUAUGUUAAGUUUCCCUAACGACAUGCAUUAGUUAGAUUUGCUCCUCUGAGGGAGUGAUAAACGUGGCGGGAAGUUUGUGUUUUCCUUGUGACUAACACACAGUUAUUUUCCAGUGUAUUCAUCAUCGCGAUGUGAAGCCUUCUGUCAGAUCCUGUCUGUCCAGAUGAUGGAUAUAAUCUGUUAAUGCUGAUUUAUGUGAUCGUAGUAAGAAUGGAAUAAACACUAUACAUCACUAGCAGGGCCAGGGCCUGGUGUAUUUUUCAUUCAUUUCCAAAGAACACAAAAUUGUUCAAAAACCAAAACAGUGUUUUGACAAUCAGGAGAAAAUAACGACUCACUUUAUCAAGUCCAAGUCUCAGUGAGAUGCCAUGUAUUUGUAUAAUUCAAAGACAAGACACAGACAAAACCAGCGGGUGCACAUUUUGCUGUAACCACUGCAGCUCCAUAUUUUGAAACUUCAAGAUUAGCAUACAUGCUGCCAUGAUGGUGGCUUAUUUUUGGAGUCAGAAGUAAUCUUAUUUGGAUUAGAGGAUGGAUUAGAAAGCUACCAGCUAACAUUAGCAAUGCUGGGUUAGCAUGCUGCACCCAUAAACUCCAUGAGUUCAUCAGGCACAAGUAACAGACUUAGCCCAUAGUAGAUCAUACUACAGUUUCACUCAAAAAAGAUGAAAUUGUUUGUGACAGUUUUACAGUGGCUUAAUUUUUGCUCACUUUCUAAUCACCCAGAGUACCCUCUUUUUCAAUCCCACUGUCACACUGUCAGUCAUUAGGCUUGAUCUACAGAUGUUUUAGCCUUGAAGGGGUGGAUUGUAAAAAAUCAAAAAGGAGAUAAAAUCCACAUUCCCGGAGGUGAGCUACUAGACAUUUUAAUUAUGUUUGCUUAAUAUACUUCAGUUAAAAAAAAAAAAAAAGAAAAGACAAUAAGUGUGUGACAAAUACAGAGUUUAGUAAACAUACAGCACAAAUUGGAAACUUUGCAUCUUAUAAAGAAUGACCUUUUUUGGCCAUGUUUCUUUCACUCUUAGUCUGGGCUCUUGUUGUCAUUGACCAACUUCCCGUUUCUGUUUUCCUGCACAUUUUGCUCUGCGGAAAUGCUGAUGUGUGAAAGAAGUGGACUUACACAAAACUGCUACACUUACAUUUGAAUUAGGUGGCUUUGUAGCUAUGUGUUAUUAGCUGUGGUAGUAUACAGUAGAAAUACAUUUUCAUUUACAUUUUCCCUGAUAACAACUAAUGUUAAUUCUGAUCAUAUGUUAUUUGCAUAUCAAAAUAUUGACGUAUGACAGUAAGUAUGACGACAACAACAACCCAACAAACCUCAUAGCUCAGAAUAUGCAAAAUAAUUAUUACGGAUUUGAGAGUAGUUUUUUUUUUAGUUUUAGUGUAUUUCUGUAGUCUGUAGUAAUAUGGCCAAUAUAAUGCUAUUUUGAUGAUUCGUAUUAUAUCAGAUCUUACUGAAACACUUUGAAUAGAAACCUCAAAAAUAAGCAGUCUCAGAUGAGUCAUCAUCUGAGUAAUGUGCUAGCCUUUCUUAGAACUCUGAAAAAUGUUCACUGUUAAACUGGUUUCUCUUUUUGGUGUUUAAGAGGGAGUGUCAAACUAAAUGUGACCGGCUGAUGUCAGAUAAGGAAAACAGUUUGCAGAAAAAGAAAGGAGCCGUGGAAGACACACUUGCUGCUGUAAUAAGCAUGUAAGCAAAGCAAGAGUUUAUCGUGGAACUUAUUAGCUGGCUGAAGGUUUCAGAGGGACUUCAGAAAUUCUAUUGAACAGAGAACAUUUGGUAAGGGCUAUAUGAUAUGUCAUGUGUAAUAUGUAAGUGAAGCUGCGACUAUGUGUGGAUGUCUGUGGAAACAAGUCACUGGUGCUUGUUGUAGUAUUGUAUAACAGCAAAAUUAAAAAGCAAUGACUGUGUAUUUAUAAUUAGACAACAGAAUUUGAACUUUCUUUGUGGAUUGUUAACAGUAUUUUCAGUGUAAUUAUUCAGUGUUUUAUAGUCCUGUCAUUGUUAUUCUGUGAACUACCAUCAUGUGUGUUCAUUCACAGGGAGAAGACCAUGUGUAGGAGCUUUCUCCUCAUAAUUCUGACUUCAUGUUUCUGCGGUUAGUUGAACCUCCAUGAGGACGCUGAUUUAGUACCUUUGUGAAUUUAUAUUUUACAUAAACAUUUAGUAAUGGUUAGAACGGUUGUUUUUAAUAGUUUAGCCAUCAUCAUUCCCAGAGGAAAAAUUGUGAUAAAUUUAGAUGAACUCGAACUUUUUUGUCUGUCAUCUUGCUAAUGCCAUGCAGUGGCUAAAAAAUUUAGCUAGCAUAGAAUAGCCCAGAUUUGAAUUUCCUACUUUGCGUCAAAAAUAAGCUACAUAGUACAAAAAAACAAACUUAGUCUUACUAGCAAACUGGAAUAGUGGCCACUUGACCAACAGCUGCAUGUCAACAGAACAAGCUAUAGCUAUUAGCUGGUUGCUAGGCUUCUCUCUAGUCUGAGUGGAGGAACUGGAUUGCUCAUGCAAGUGGGGUUGUUCCCUUUUUGAGUCUGAAUUUGUCCUGGCUCCUUCUCUUCCUCUCAGAAAUGUCCGCUAAUCAUAACAAGGAUCUGUACUAUCAGGCUGAAGAAAAUAGUGACAUCACAGUAGAAUGGACGUUUACAACCAAAGUUAGCAUCACCAUUUCAUCGCUUAAGAUCCACUGCCUGCAGUUACCUGAGCUGAAGGUUUUCUUCAAUAUGGACACUAGUUCUGAUGAGCCUCAGCACGAGCAGUUUGCUGGACGUGUUCAGUGUGACAAAGACGCUCUGACGACAGGACGAGUCAGACUUCAGCUGUCCAGAGUUAGGAGUAACGACUCGGGGCGCUACCUCUGCAGGAUGGCCACUCAGUUUGGAAAGAAGGUUAAAGAGUUCAGGCUCAACAUCACUGCAGCCACAGUGAAACCCAAGCCAGUGACAGCAACACGAGAACCAAACCGAAAACCUGAGAGAGGAGAAAGAAGCCUUUUUUCCAACUUGGCAUUGGGUGCAGGAUUGGCAGGAUGUCUGGCAGCCUUUGUCAUACCAAUCAUUUACCUCUUUACUCUAUACAGACAGGGGACAACUUAAAGUAUAAAACAUAGUACACUCAGUCAUACAAUAGCUUCUGUAGACCUUGGUAGUGACUCUGCAGGGCUCUGGAACUUGGCUAGAGAUCGUCUGAUCACUGUCAGCGAGCUUAUUGGAUAUGGGUGAUUGUCCUCCUGGGAGAGACCAAUCUCAUCAGGAUGAAGACGAUUACUUAGAAAAACUGCAGUAACACUUCACUCUCAAGGAUUAAGUGGAAACAAAGAAUGGAAGCAAAGUGCCUGCUCAAGAAAGUGCAAUGAGGAACAUACAUGUUCUUCUGCUGCCCCCUGCUGCUCUGAAGAGAAAUGCAGGAGCUCAGUGACAAGUGCUGAGCAGGUCCUUCUGAGCUUUUGAAAACGGUUGGACAUAAAUCACAGAAGUCUCUGAAUUCUCACCGUUUUCUACCUUAUUAGUGUUACAGCUGAAAUGUGAAUUUAAAAAAAGAGUAACAUCUAUAUUUAGUAAAAUAAGAGAAUACGGGUUUUUAAUGACCUUUUAUGUAUUGUUGAUAGUGACUCUGUUGUACUUUUAUUACUGGAUCUUAGUCCUGCAUUUGACACACUGGAAAAUAAGUUUUAUUUUCCAUGAUUAACAAUAAAAUGGAGAAAUCAUGUAGGAGAGUCAUGCCAGCAAUUAAAACCGCUUCCUGUAUCUUGUUAACCACAAACAAAUGUAAUCAUGUGACCACACAAACACAAAUGAGGAAUACCUUACAAUAAUCAUCAAUCUUUCUUAGACUCAAACACAUUGAAAGAGUGAUCAGCAAUCAUUUUUGUCAUUUCAAGUCACAAUACCUAAAUUUUUAUUUUAUUGUUGUUAAGGAAAUAAAGUUUACCUCAUUUUUUCAUGUUAAUUUCAGUCAGGUUAUGCUAUAAAAUUAGAUCACAGUCUUAAGAUAAUUGUGGAUCUGGGUCAUUGUCUGAAAACAGUUUUUUAAAAAUGAGGCUUGGGGGAAAAUGUGACAGUGAUAUUGAGGCAAGUUGAGUCAGUGGCUGGAAUAUAACCCCAAAGAGUUUAUGUAGACUAUGUGCCUAGAAACAUCUGCGUUUAAGUGUUCAUUUCCAGUAUUCCACAGAAAAGCUAAAGAUGGCCAGACAGUGCAAAAGAUAAAGGCUUUGCAUUCUUAGAUGAUCUAAACAGAGCAGCAAUGCUCUGCAGCAAUUGAUGGUAAUGAAACUGAGCUCCAUACAUAUAUUAGUCUUCCCAAGGGAGGAAAUAUGUAGUUGGUUCUGUUUGUUUGUCUGAUUGUUAGCAGUCUAGCUCGACAGUUUUCAGUAUUAUAUUAUAUCACAUUAUUUUGUGAUGGUAGAUACCAAUAAGUUUGAGUGGUUUUGAUUUUGGUGAAAAUGAGGUCAACAUAAAGAUCACACCAAAUGUGAAAAUCAGUAUAAAAGUUUAUGUUACCCACAAUGUUUUAUGAAUUGUCUUCAAACUUCACAAUAUAAUAUGCUUCUGCGGACAUGAGUACCUAGGACACCUGAACAUUUGACCUGGACCCUUGUUAGUAGUCUACCAUGGAAAAAAAAAAAAAAAACUUAAAAGAAACCACAAUGUCAUUAGAUAUAGUAUGAAAUAUCAUACGAAAGAACAUGGAGAGAGCUGCACAACACGCGUUAUUUUACGCUACCCAUUGCCUUUUGGGGGAGUGGUGUUCUGAGUCCUCUUGUCCAUCUUGUAGCUAACACACUAAAAUCACAAUUUAAUAUUUACUGAAAAUGUUUCCAUAGUAUGAACAGGAAA